AUGUUUGUUUACUCUGGAAAGCUAAACUGGGGCACCUCUGCCACAGACGAGCUCUUCAUUGUCAUCCUCCCCGACGGCACGGCCCGUCGCGGCGAUAGCGUCUACCUCUUCUCCCAGUGGACCAAGGAUGCCGCCGGCAACAGGAAGCCCAACUGGUUCGACACCAAGGUCGUCACAAACGUGUCCAAGACGGAGGAUGGUGAGGACAUGAUCGAAAUGACACACAACUUCUACACUUAUGUCAUCACCACCAAGCAAGCGUACGGGAAGCUCGACAUCACCAUGUCAAACCCGACCAACAACAAGAGCUACAUGACUCUUGAUCGCGUCUACCAGUCCCAGGGAGAGGCGACAGCGAUCGAUUCCUUCCGAAUCUGGACUGGGAAGCUGGACUGGCCCAAGUAUGCCAGCAACGAGCCGAUCCUGGUCCUUGUCCCAGAGGGCGUCGGAGCUGGAAAGCCCGUUCUGGCUUUCUGGCAGUGGACCGAGGACGCGGAAAAGAAGUCUAAGGUUCCAUUCUCAAUCAAAACCGUUCAGAGGGCGGAGAAUGGACCAGGCGAGCCUCUCAAAUUCGAUUUCGACGGCCCCCCUUACAGCCUCUACUGCAUCCGAGAUGAGGGGACUGCGAAGCUUGCAGUUCAUAUGAAGGGGCCAGAAGGUGAUAAGGAACUUGGAGAUCUUACGCAAGCAGUAAGCAAGCAGUCUCACUCUCAUGAGAUGACUCCUCCAGAACCACCCAGGGAGAAGUCUGAGCUGAGCGUUUGCUACCCUCAGACCGAGGCUGCCCUUCCUCGCAUCCAGACUCAGAUGCCGUUCCCUCGCAAUCUUGUUGACACCCUGACGCACACGGCCUCUUUCGUCGACCAGGCCGGCUACCUCGCCAAAUAUGCGACCGAGCGAUUCAACGUCCUUGACAAGUCAUUCCACGAGCUCAGGGAACAGGUGGACAAGUGCAACAAGCAGAUCCGUGACCUUAACGGCAAGAUCAGUGAGCUCAGCAACGAGAACAAGCUCGAGAAGAGCAAGAGCGCCGACCUGGAGAAGAAACUAUCCGACGCGCGUGAUGAAUAUGCCAAGAAGGAAGCAGAGCUCACCAAGCAGAUCCAAGACCUGCAAAAGACCAUCUCGAGUGAUCGUGAUCACGACGCAGCCGACCACAAGGCCCUUGACGACGCUCACAGGAUGAUCGUCGAGGAGCAGGCAGCCAAAGCUAAGCUCCAGAAGCGCCUGGAUGAGACAGAGAUUGCCCUGGCAGCAGCCCAGGCCCGCGUCCAGCAGUUGUCAGCCCAGAUCUCGGAGCUGAACUCCGAGGUCAGCCACCUCUGCGGACAACUGGACGUGGAGCGUGAGCACAACAAGGAGCUUGACAAGAGCAACAAGGAACUCAACCAAAAGGUCGCCAAGUUGGAGUCCGGCCUGGCCUCGACUCAGAAGCAGCUUGCUCGCACCCAGGAGGAUCUCGAGCAGGCUAGGGCUGAGAGCGAUGACAAGGACAAGAUCAUCGAGGGCCUGGAAGCUGGUUUGGUGGCCAUCAAGAAGGAUCGUGAUGCCAAGAAGAAGGCAGUCGAGGAGCUGAAGAAGAAGACCGACGCCACUAUCCAGGAUCUCGAGGCCAAGGUUCAGGAUCUUGAAGCCAAGCUGGCAUCGUCAACGGGCGGCAGCGGCUGGCAGCCACCAAACGACUCUAUCUUCCCCUUCAAACAGGCUACCCCUACCCCGCUGAAGCAGAGUAUCGCCACGCACGAGAGCAAGUCCACCUGGGCGAGGCUGUCGCCAUGGAUCGGCACCAUGGCCAACCGCGGCUACUUCUUCAACACGCUCGACGACGCGCCGGAGAGCGCCAAGCUCAAGACCCUCCACAUCCACAGCGAUGGCAACUGGGUCAGCGGCUUCACCGUGGACUGGACCGACGGCAGCAGCAAGAGCUACGGCGUUCUCCACGGGUCACCCGUGCAUGCGGUCUCCCAAUCGCCCGACCGGCCCAUCGUGGCCGUCAACGUGGUCACCGAUAACUUCCAGCCUCGCCUCCCCUACCAGACGCUCGCCAACAUGACCUUCUUUAGUUUCGACAAGACCAACGGGUACCAGCAGGUAGACGAGUACAUCGCGCCACAUGCGCACGACCGCUGGACCACGGCCGUUGCCAGGACGUCGCUUGCGCCGGCGCUUGAUGGCACUUGGGCUCUGCGCGGAGUGUAUGGGUACUAUGAUGGGUGCAUUGAUGCUAUUGGCUUUGUUUGGGGGAUUGAGAAGUGA